AUGUCGGGCCUCGCCGCAGCACCAAAGCAGGGCUCGUCCGCCUUUGUCGUCAAGGGCGACAAGAUUCUCGUCGGGGAGCGCAUCAGCAGCCACGGCGCCGGCUCCUGGCAGCUCCCCGGCGGCCACUGCGAGCCCGGCGAGGGUUUCUUCGAGUGCGCCGUGCGCGAGGUCAAGGAGGAGACGGACCUUGAUGUCGACGGCGUCCGCAUCCUCGCCAACACCUACGACCGCUUCCCGGCAGACGACAAGCACUACGUCACCUGGUUCGUCCUCGUCGAGCUGCGCGACCAGCACGCCGUCCCCAGGGUCAUGGAGCCCGAAAAGUGCGCCUCGUGGCACUGGAUGUCCGUCGCCGACCUGCGCGGCAAGAACAUGUUCCUGCCCCUCGCCAACCUCUUCGAGGUCAAGAAGACGUGGGACGCCGUCCUGGCCAGCUCCGCGCCCCUCAUCCGCCUGCCCGCCCCCGCCGACCGCGCCACCGCGCGCAACCUGCUGGUCCGCUGGGACGCGCAGCCGGGGCCCUCUUUGCGUGCUGACACCGCGGGCGAGACCGUCACCAUCGGCUGCGGGCGCGACCUGGCCGUCGUGGACCCCAGCCCGGGCAACACCGCCUGCAAGCUCGAGAUUGUGAUAGAUGGACCGGACUGCGAGCACGUCUUUCCGCUCGGCAACGACGUCGUGGCGCUGGGCGCGGACGCAACGUGCAAGACGGAGUCGGUCGUGGACGGGUUUCUCAAGGCCAAGGUGUAG